AAUUGUCGCACAGGCAGAAAAGUUCAGUAAUGGAAGUGGUUCCGGCAGUGAAGAGCUCGCUUCAGUAGUUGGGCGACGAUUUUCGGGGGACCAUCCAGCGUCGAGUGGUCCUUUGACAGCGGGGCAGAAAAGCAGCGCGCAAGACACGAUAGUCAACGAGAAUGCUGAAGGAAGCAGUGAGCUAGCACGAGCAUGGGGGAUAUUGUCAGAAAACAAGGAGAUCCAGCGUCUUGGACUUAUGGCGGCUUUUUUCGAAUCGUCUAUGUUCAUCUUCGUCUUCUUGUGGACGCCGGCGCUCAACGACCUUGCGUAUCCGAGAAGUACUGGAAUUCAGGUAUGAUGGAGAUUAUGAAAUUUUCAUUUUCUACUUGGUCCAGGUGAAGAGCAGGGUUCUUCACGUCUAGGAACGUACUCUUCGACUUCCGAUGAAUUAGUCCAUCGUGAACAAUAGUUAGUGCCAACACGGAUAACUCGCGUUGUUAGUAGUCUCAAUUUUUUGUUUUCGACUUAAUCUGAAAGCCCCCGUCUCUCCGUACUGUACGAUCAUGACUUCAAAGCCCCCUUAAAAUAAAGAUUUGUGCACGCAGCUUCAUAUGUUGAAGUUUUUGGCUUUCACACAACGGCGAGAAGCACGAAGACCACUCCGCAGCUCCGUAUGGUUUGAUCUUUGCGCUUUUUAUGGUUUCCUGUAUGUGCGGGUCGUGCCUUUUUUCGAUUUUUGAGUCGCAGGUGAGCGAAAAAACCUUGGCUUCAGUAACGAUCGGCCUCGCUGUAGCGAGUAAUGCGCUUGUGCUGUGUACGACAAAUGUGACAGUCUUGCUUCUAGGCUUCAUGGGGUUCGAGUUGUCGCUAGGGUUGUACUUUCCGACGUUCGGAAUUAUCAAGAGUCGCUUAGUGCCUGAACGAAGUCGCGCGAUGCUCUACAGUUUUUUCCGAGUUCCGCUGAACGUGAUUGUCGUCUUAUGUCUCGCUGUGGAUCUUCCGGUCCGUGUCGGUUUUGGCUUCAUCACCGCUAUGCUCGUGUUGUGCGGCUACUUGCUCACGGGUCUCAGGCUGGAUAAGCAUUCAUCAAGCAACACGCCUUGCAACAGUGAGACGAGUGCUGCACUAGAAGAUGAUGUUUUAGACCAUGACAAUAAUAUGCACUCCAGACUUGGUGGCUGCAGUUCCAAGCGCACAAUCGGAGCAACAUCGAAAGAACAAGUGGAAUAUUAUCAACUGGACGCGCAGGACGAAGAAGAGUCUCUGGAUGUUAUCGUCGAAAGUCCAGACAUUCAGAGCGACAGAAGUCCCGAAGUGGAAAUGGUGCUGAUGAGCCAAGGGAGUAGCCGGCACGGAUCUGCGCCUGGUCGUGAUGUGGUCGAGCAGCAGGGGGAGAUCCUUCAUCACGUUCAGGAAGAUAUCGAUAGAACUGCUCAACUGCAGUCAGGACAAAGUGGUCCGUCUAGCUUGAGGACCGGUGUGCAGCAUAAUAUAGGCGUGAUUCGCAUGCCGCCACCGAGAAGGCUUGGCAGACCGCAUGAAACGGAAAUUGCCGGUGGGAGUUCAGGAAGCCGUCCUGGUGUUACGAAUUCGUCUGCCAAUCGUGUGAAAACUAAUCCAAGUAACCGCCACGGACCCGUUUCAAGCGCGAUAUCAUCCGACGACAGUGAGGGAGACGCAGCCGAUGUCUCAAACUUUCUCGUUUUCACCGGGAGUCCCAGAACGAAUUCUGCGAAUCCGGGUAUCGGUGCAGAUAUUUCAGAAAAAACGAGUGCGUCAAUGCUGCAUACGAAUCUUAGGGGAGGCGAGUCUGGCUCUGGUUCUUUCGGGGUCGUGCAGCUUCCCUCAGCAGCAAAUAUGGGCGUUCGUCUUGGGAAUGAGAGCAGUGCGGUCAAUAAAAAUUACCCUAUAUUAGAAGCCGCCGCAGCGAGAGAACAGGGCAUAGCGCGUCCGACAGAUAACGACAGGUUGAAAGCAAUGAUGAAGGAACUGGACUCAUCCUCUUCGGAUGGAUAGAGCGUUCUCUUCCUAGCGCGCACUAUAAUUAUUUUCUUUGAUGAACAUGCAUCGUUGAUGUGCUUGAGCAGCCUUCUUUUACUCUGCCUUGGAAUUUGACGCUCAAAAAAGAAAUGUCAAAGAUCCAAGCGUUACCAAUGCUUUGCACUUGAUAUUGAUGAAGAAAAGCGAGACAGACAGUGUCAGGAAGCUGAAAUCCAAUUUAGCUUAGUAUCGUAAGACGCAGAUGAUUAUAUUCUGCAAAUCUAAACGUGAAAAGAGUGUCACCAGGAACUGUGUGCUUACUCUGUAACAAGCGGUAAUUCUCUGUCCAAGAGGGUCUAAGUAAGAUAUUGCACGUCAUCACCGACGCAUAUUUUACAUGAAAUGACUUGAAAAGAAGUUAUAAUGAUCAAACGUGUCUGUCCAGAGUGUGGCGUGUUCUAGAUUUUAGGCUAGGCGUCUGGUUUGUUAGGCUGGCUCCACCAAUAAUAUUUGGUUUCUCAAGCGUCUACGACGAAAAUACAAACGGACUGUUAGAAAUAGUAUACGAGCUUACGGAUGUCGCGCAUAGUAUAAGAACGAGACGCAAGAAGGAUCUACGAAGUGAAAACUGAAGAAUAUUAUGAAAAUUGUAGGAAGGAAGCUCUGAAUUACAAGAAUUGAAACAUGAUGAUUUAUCAAUGGUGAAUGGAAG